AUGAGUUGGUUGAUGGAUGAAAUAAAUGUCGAUGAGAUGGAGACGGUGACUGUGGAUGAUUGUUCUAUGGUGAGGAAGGUUGUAAUGGAGGGUCGAGAAAAGCUGGCCCUGAUUCAGAUGAAUGUGAGGAGUAUCAAGAAGAACUUCGAUGAGUUUCUAGUGCUACUCUCGUCUUUUGGUUUUGAAUUUGAUGUAUUGGUUCUAACGGAGACGUGGAGAGUUGAAGAUGUUGAGCAGUUUGGGAUUCCGGAUUAUUGUGUUUACUAUAACAAUUCAACCAUUAAUCAAAAUGAUGGGGUUAUUAUGUAUAUAAGAUCAAAUUUAGUCCAUAAAGUUAAGUUUAAAGUGAUCAAUGAGUUGAGUGUCCUGAAUUGUUCACUUGUGAAGAAAGGAAGGAGCUUUAAUAUUGUGCCAAUGUACCGACCACAUUCUUAUCGGGUUGAAAGAUUCCUUGAUGACCUCGAAAAUUUUCUUUCUGAGGGAAACCUGGGAGGCGUCACUUACCUUCUUGGGGAUAUUAACGUCGACAUCUUAGACCAAUCCGAUAGUAUAAGUGAGGAAUAUUUGCAAAUUCUAAAUGGUGCUGGUUUUAAAUCAAUCAUAAAUUCAGUCACUAGACAGACUGCUAAUACGGCAACGUGCAUUGAUCAUAUGUUUGUCAAGGGAUUGUCUACAACGGACUUGGUUGUUCCCCUCACUCUGAGAACAAAUGUUACUGACCAUUAUGUGACCAUUGCUCUGCAUCAAGUUUCUGCUACGAGGACCACGGGGACUGUUGGUCAGACGUUUGUAUAUCGUAAGUGUGUGAAUCGUGAAUUGUUGCUAUCUGAGCUAUCUAAAGUAUGCUGGGAAGAAUUCCGAAGGACUGAAGAUGUUGAAGAAAAGUCAAAAAUAUUUAUGGCAAAUAUCCUUAAUUGCGUAGAAUCAGCGACGAUCACGUCCAGAAAAUCAACACCUAAGAAAAGACAACCAUGGAUAACGACUGGUUUGAUUAAUUCCAUACGCCGAAGAGAUCUUCUAUUCCAGAGGUUCCUAAAGGAGAAGAGCGAUGAGAGCAAAACUCUGUAUACUGCUUUUCGUAACAAACUGAAUUCACUUCUGAAGAAGGCUAAAUUUUCUUACUAUAGUCAUAGAGUCCGGUCUGCAGAGGGUGAUAUCAAGAAAACAUGGCGUUUUAUCAAUGAGGUUACAAACUCCAAUAGUGUAACGCGAGCCAUUCCGGACCGAAUUGUUGUUGAUGGGGUAGAGACGGAUGACCGUAAACAGAUUGCAGAUGGCAUGAAUAAAUACUUCGACUCUGUAGGGCAUAAACUGGCUUCUUCCAUUCUGGGCCCAUCCUCUGAGUCUGGGUUUAAGCAUAUGUCAUGGCCUGGCUCCAUAUAUGUGGAACCGACAAGCAUCGAGGAGCUCACAGGACUGAUAUAUUCCUUGAAAAAGGUUGAAUCAUCUGGCUGUGACUUGAUUACUGGGAGUUUAGCUAAGGACAUGGCACCUCUGAUAGCACAACCCUUUGUCGAAUUAGUCAAUGCAUGUUUUCAGGUAGGGUCUGUGCCUUCAUGUUUUAAGACAGCAUUGAUCACACCUGUUCACAAGGGUGGAGAUAGGAGCGACCCCGGCAAUUACAGACCUCUGUCAGUCAUUACUGUCUUUGCAAAAAUAUUUGAAAAGGUCAUCUUCAUCAGAUUGACCAAAUACCUAGAUAAAUUCAAGAUCAUUUCUGAGAGUAAAUGA